UUAUCUUUGGACUUUUACAAGGCUUUUAUCUUUGUUUACAAGUAAUUAAUUGACCGUUUAAUCAUCGGAAUUGAACAUGAAAGCAUCGAUAGUUUUACUUCUCUGCUGCGUUUACGCUGUCUACAGCAUAAACCCUUGUUCAUAUGGUGCGCCUCUGGCUAAUCAUAAUUGUGGACGUGGUGGCAGUGCAUGCCCCAGUCACCACUACUGCGAAAUAGCCCCUGAUGAUUCUUAUGCCGUAUGCUGUCCCACCCACUGUGCCAGCGGUGCACAUUUGAAAAACAGUGACGGUAGCCCUUUAAAUUGCGGGCGUGGAGGGGUCAGAUGCCCGAAUGACUACACGUGUAACGUUGCUCCGACAGAUGCAUGGGCCGUUUGCUGUCCGAACUAAUACUAAUUAGUAAUUAGUAAAUGCAAUUGUUAUUUCUGUUCGAAUAAAAAGGGUACAGACAACACUAUUUUCUGCUGGGUGACAAAUAUUGAAUCUAGCUAAACCGAUAUCAUCAUAAAAACGCAUUUCAUUAUAACUAAAUUAAUACAGGUUUUCCAAACGAAUGGCUCGCUUAAUAGUUAUUUAUCUGCAGCAAACAUUGUUAAGCCUACAAAGAAGAAGUAUCAUGUUAGAUACUGCCAAUAAAUUUCAAUGAAACAUU